UCCCGCUCUCACUCUGCCCCACGAGGCUGGCGGCGGCUGUUGGCGCGAUGCAACGUCGCGCCGGCCUCGCGGGCGACGCGCAGAAGGCUGAGACCAAAGAUGAAUUUGUUAAAGUUAGAAGGAGGGAUUUGGAAAGGCUGACAACUGAGGUUAUGCAAUUGCGGGAUUUCUUACCCAAAAUAAUAAAUGGGGAUAUCCUGAGGACAUUCCAGAAACUGGAUGCUAUUGAAUCAAACAUGGAGAAAAAGGAGAAGGAAAUAGAGCAGCUGAAAAUGGAUUGUGAACACUUCAGAGCCCGUCUGGAAACAGCUCAGGCGGAUUGCAUGAAAGAGAAGAAGGAGAAGCUAGACCUCCGCCAGCAGCUGAAUGAGGCCAAGCAGCAGCUCCUGCAGCAAGCAGAGUAUUGCACAGAAAUGGGUGCAGCGGUGUGCACACUCUUGUGGGGUGUAUCUAGCAAUGAGGAAGCUGUUAAAACCAUUCUAGGAGGAAGUAAAGCAGUAAAGUUUUUCACAAUCACUGCACAGACCAUGGAAAGCUUUGUGAAGUCAUUAAGUGAAGACAUGAAACAGCAGGAUUUGGAUUCUGAUGAAAAUCAGUUUGUGUUAGCUUUGGCAGGGAUUGUAACAAAUGUGGCUGCGCUGGCAUGUGGCCGUGAGUUCUUGGUUAGUUCAAGUCGUGAAUUACUGGACACAAUGAUGCACCUCCUGGGAGACGUGAAGCCUGGACUCUGUACCAAAUUUAAAGUGCUAAUGCUAAUGUCACUUUACAAUGUGAGUAUCAACUUGAAAGGCUUGAAGUACAUCAGUGAAAGUCCAGGGUUUAUUCCUUUGCUUUGGUGGCUAUUGAAUGGCCAGAGUCUGACUUGGUGUGACCAGGAACAUCUCUAUUGACUUCAGCAAGGUUUUGCUCAACUAAACUGUGUAAAUGAUGGGACGCUGAAAAUAGUCCAACAAAUCUAAUUUUCAAAAUAAUUACACUGGCGUUUUCUGGGGAAAAGUAAACCCAAACUACAGCUAUACUGCAAGUAAUACCCCAGCAAACCUAUCAUAGCAAACCAGGCUGACUACAGCUGCAGAGGGUGAAAUGGGUAGAAAGGAAUGCUUCUGUUUCUCGGGUUUGUGUUCUUUUUGCCAAGUGAAGAAAGUUGCUAUUGUUGUUAGUUUGUUUUGAAACUGAUUGAAAAUGCUGAGUGAAAUGACUCAAGAUUGAAUUGCUGGAAAUAUCUGCACGAGGAAUUCUGUAAGGCAGCAGUCUUCAUGCAUAUUCUCAUCUGUUGACCACGCCACCCUUAGGGAGGGAGCACAGGACUGCCGCAAUGGGAAAACUUAGCUGUGGUGUCCUCCCAGUUUCUCCCUCUUCCUAGAGAAAUCAAAGGAACAUCCUCGUGAAGGUGCUUUGGAAAGUGCCUCUCCACUUUCCUCACUUUUCUACCCUCCUGAGGUACAAGCCCGCUCUGUCAUUGUGCCUCUCCUAACCAUGGGUGUUUCUCUGAGGAGAUUCCUUGUUCAGGAUAUCCAAAACACCAGAGGGCAGCAGAUGUGUUAAAGCAGAAAUUGCAAAGCCGUUCUGUUGGGUGCUUCCCAACAGAAGCACCUCUAUUGAUGAUAAACCGUGAUUGCGUAAGAGGUUUGUAAUGCCCUGGCAGUAUCAAUUCAUAGUGAAACUGGUAGAAAACCGAUGUAAUUAUGACACUACCAAAACUGUGUAAUAGCUACUUCUGAGCAGCACUGCUGGAAGCUGUUAUGACCCACAUGUACGAAAGUGGAAGAGAAAUACCAAAAGGUUGCUGAGAAUAAUAGACAGAGCAGGUCUUUAAUUUAACUCUCAUAAAUCAUAUAAUAGUGUUAUAACUCUUAAAACCUCUUGAAAACUAUGCAGUGGAUGAGCUCCCUCCUCCACUGCAGCAGCUGUACAUACCCCACCCUCUGGACUAAAGAUUGCAGGUCGUAUGUAAGUAACUUCCACACGUAGCUACACUUGCCAGCUUUUCUUGCCUCUUCCAUCUAAUGCAUGUAAUUGAAAUCAGGAUGGCGGGUUCUCCUCAGUGUAGCCCUCUGGUGAGGUCUUACACUCUUCAGACAGUGCCAUGGCACAGGCAUCCACCUCUCCUUAGGAUGAAAAAGUCAUGAAGUGUUAAAGAGAGCACCAAGUCCAGUCCUCUUCCUUCCAUUUGGGAAGAAAGAAAUUCCAAGUCCUUUAAAAAGAAAUAAAAAUGUUAUGCUCCUA